AUGGACGUCAGCCGCCUCCUCCUGGUUACCUUGCUGGCCUGCCUGUGCUUCCUCACUGCCUACAGCCACCUGGCACCUGAGGAAAAGCCCAGAGAUGAAAGGAACCUGAAGAACAACUCUUCCAUGAACCUGUUGGAUUUCCCUUCUGUCUCUAUUGUGGCACUGAACAAGAAAUCCAAAAAUAUCAGCAGAAAUGAAGCGGAAAAGAAGAAAAGACCUUCCAAGAGAAAGGCUCCCAUGAAGAACGUGGCACGGCCCCGGCCCCCGCCGCCUACCCCCUGCGUGGCCACCCGCGACAGCUGCAAGCCUCCAGCGCCCGCCUGCUGCGACCCGUGCGCCUUCUGCCAGUGCCGCUUCUUCCGCAGCGUCUGCUCCUGCCGCGUGCUCAACCCCACCUGCUGA